AGCGCCCGCGCGGAGCGGUCGGUUAGUCGGUAUCGGCCGCGCGACCGGCGAACAGCACGGCGGAGUCAGCUCUCCCAGCACCCGGUGGGGCUGUGCGUGCGCGUGUGUGCGUGUCGUGUCUUCCCCGCACGCGUUCUGGACGAAACGGCGCGGCAGUGGCACGCGCCUAAAUAAACUCCCGUCGUCAUUCUCCUCUCUCAUUGCUCCCCGAAGACUUCGUUGAAAGCAAGCAAGAAGGCACUUCUUGUCAGCGCGGGAGGUCCUCUUUAAAGUUUCUCCACAGCCCAGCAUCUGCCUUGUCUCAGUUUAUCGCGGCAGUUGGCCGUUUCGCUCCCCGGACUUUCCUAUUUUUCUUUAUUUUUUUUUCUAGCCACUCCUGACGUUUCUAUUUUGAAGCGCCAUCCGACGUGUGUCCGAGACAAGAACGAAAGCCUUGCUUCGCUUCGGAGAAAGCGAUGUAGCGUUAAUUUCUCGCACCGUGUUCAUCGGGGUGUUCGACUCCUACCCUCAACUCGCCCUCCUCCAUUUCAUUUUUUUUUCCUUUCGUGCGUUCAUUCCUUUUGCGAUAUGGAAGUCCAGGUGAACAAACUUUGUUCCUGACCCUCCUGCUGCAAGAACAAGGCGUGUGUGUACAGUGACGCUUCAUUCUUACCGGCUCAUUUUGCGCUCGUGCGCAGCGGAUAGGUGCAAGAACGUCAACAGCGCACGAGGAACUUCUGCCGGCUGCUGAUCCUUGAGCUGUUUGGACAUGACCGGAUGUUGGGCGCCUCGAUGCCGGUCUCGUUGCACUAGGCGCCAUGUGGUCUUCUCGCUGGCCUCUUCGUGCCCUUCGCGGACACUCUGCAGGCGCCCUACCGAUCACGUAGCUGGUCAUCUCUGAAGAGCCGUUGCUUAUCCAGAAGAGAAAAAAAAGAGAAGGGCAGGCCGGCGCCACACAGUCCUCGCGAAAGCAGCUGCUGCAUCCAUCCUACGACCAUCCGGCCAAACGGUUGAACAGACCUGUCUGUCACUAUGAGUGGAGGCUGCCGGGUGUCCGUCACACUGCUCCUGUCAGCAUGCUUGCUGCCCUGGUUCGGUUCGAGUGCGCACGGCUCCCGCACCGAGCGCGUGUUCGCCCAGCUGAAGGCACUGCGUGAGUGUGAGCAACGGGCCCUGUUCGACGCCGGCGACAACGACACAGCAUCGUGCGACUGGCGAUUCGACGGUUGGCAGUGCUGGCCACCGACGCCGCUCGGAGCCACUGCCCGCGCAGCCUGCCCGGACCUGUUGCCUGGUGAAGUGAACUCCACUGGGACGGCGAAGUACCGGUGCCUGGCUAACGGUUCGUGGAACGGUGAAACAGGCAACUACAGCGCCUGCACAAGCUCGCCUUAUCACGAGACCGAGCUGACGUUGCUGCGCGCCAUUGCUAACGACAUCGGCGAGUACGUUCCCUGGGAGCAAAUCUCAGCGCGAGGCGAGAACUGGAUGUGGCAGGAGAAGAUCGGGCACUUCAAGCACUGCCUCGAGAACGUGCUGCUCAAGCCUCCCGCGGAGAACGAUGGAAACCAGACAUUGUGCCCCCGCACUUGGGAUGGCUGGAACUGCUGGGACGACACGCCUCCCGGUCGGACAGUGCACGCGCCUUGCCCUCAGUUUGUGGCCGGGUUUCUGUCAACUCGGCAAGCGCACAAAUUGUGUACUUCGAACGGCACGUGGUUCCGUCACCCUGUCACAGGACUGGUCUGGUCCAAUUACACAGCAUGUGUGGAUACUCAUGACUUACAGUUUCGAAACUUGGUCAAUUCAUUAUACGUCACAGGAUACUCAAUAUCACUUGUAGCCCUUGUGUUGUCUAUGAUCAUAUUCUGUUACUUCAGGUCGCUUCGUUGUCGAAGAAUCACAAUUCACAAAAACUUGUUCACAUCGUUCAUUAUCAACAACCUUUGUUGGAUACUGUGGUACAUUCACAUCAUCGCACAGCCACACGUGAUCGCAGAAAAUCCGACCUGGUGCCAAGCGCUGCACGUGGUGACGCAGUACUUCCUGUUGUGCAACUACCUGUGGAUGUUCUGCGAAGGCCUGUACCUGCACACACUUUUAGUGCUCGCCUUCAUCGCCGAGGACAAGAUCCUCAAGUGGUUCCUGCUCAUCGGCUGGGGUUUUCCUUUGCUUCCAAUAAUCGCCUACGCCGUUUUGCGAUCCUUGGAUCCAGAAGCGUCAAAAAUGUGCUGGGUCGAGCACGACGUCUGGUAUACGUACAUACUCAGUGUUCCUGUUUGCUUCUCUAUACUGCUGAGCUUUGCAUUCCUCGUCAACAUCGUCAGGGUCCUGGUCACAAAGCUUCGAGCCGUCAAUUCUCCUGACAAUGAAAGCACAAGGAAAGCUGUGCGAGCAACUGUGAUCUUGCUUCCCCUUUUGGGUUUGCACUACGUGUUGACUCCAUUCAGACCAGACAAAGGCUCCAUACUGCUCGCCUACGAGGUCAUAUCGGCACUGGUCACAUCAUUACAGGGUCUUUGCGUCGCACUUCUCUUCUGCUUCUUCAAUGGAGAGGUUUUGGGCGUUCUGCGGAAAACGUUGUCGCAGACGCCGUGGUUCAGGAACGAGGGUCGCCGGAUGUCAUACGCUAAUACCAGCAUCAGUCCCCGUUAUCACUGCUUGCACCCCAAUUUUUCCUUACCCCGAGUUCAAGCCCCUUCCCACUCAAUUUCUGCCAAGACGCCCAUCUGAUGGCAGAAGUCCGUCUGUGUCGCCAAAUCACCUCCAGCAGACCUUGGUGUGAAAGAAGCCAAUGCAGCUAGGCACUCCUGUAAAAAGAGUCACAAUUGAAAUAUGGGUUUCAUUCAUGUUUUUCUAUCUUCCUGAAAAGAAGUUGGGGGUGAGGAAGUGUGUAAAAUGGCGAGAUUUUAUCAUCUCACGCUGUAGCCGACAUUCACGCUUUGCAUCGACGUCCACGUUUGUACAUAUGAAGGCACACGUCUCACCGGAUAAUCAUGCGACUUGAGAAUAAAGAGACCUAGUGCUGCAAGGAACAGAAUCAAGGUAAUGGGAAAACUAACCGUACUUAUGGCGUACGAGUAGUUUGCCUGCAAUGUGAGCAUGGUGCUUUCCAUGAUAAGUGCUAUUUGUUUGUUGCGCAUCAAUAGUGUGAUUUCAUUUAUUUAUGACAGAAUGUAAAUAUUGGCAAGAAUUGCAGUACUAUGUCGUCGCAUAUUUUUCGCGUUCCUUGUUACUAUCGGUUAGGAAUGUGUCAACAAUUCCCAAAUUACGCAAAGGUAGUUCUUAAAGAAUUCUUCAGCCGGACACAUU